UUUCCCUUCUCAUUUUUUCUACAGGUAAAAUUUCCUCCUCAAGAAAAAACAGCCAGCCUUCAGGGAAUUAAGAAAAACAAUAAGCCUUAUUUUCGACGUUAGUCUUAAAUUGCACACUAAUGAAAUCGAUUUUGUAUAAUAUUACAAAAAUUUUCCCAAUUCAGCCGCAAGCAUUUUCAUUUAAAUUUCUCUGAAACUAUGCUUGUAUAGACAACUCUAUUGAUAGUUACCAAAUUGGAUGUAAAAAAUUGUUCAUGUUCAAAUUUUUGAAGUAUCUUCUUUGAUCAGUGGUUCCAACAUUGCUUUGACAAACCGAUUGCCUUUUAUUAGCUUUUUAUUUGCUUGCUUAUCACUUGUUUAACGGUGCAUACCUCAUCGGCAAAAACUUCUACAGAUAGUUUUUUUUUGCAUCGUUUUUUAAUUAUCGCGAGGUUGAUGCAUACGCAACACCUACAAAUGUCCUAAAAAAUCCGUUGGUUAAAUAUUCGCUCUAUUUUUGGCCUAUUUUUUUUAUCUACCCUUUGGUAAGAAAAUGUGGGAUGAAAAAAAGGAUACCCAGCUACCCAGCCUCAUAUCCGUCUCAGGUGUUCUGCACAGAAAUUAAUUUUUCCUUGUAUAGAUUCUAAAAUACAUACAAACUUAUGCAUAUUACUGAAAAACUACAAGAGCCGCUCGCUAAAAGCUAAGCUAUAAUUACUUCUCUUUUUUCGCAAAGUUUAAAUUUUUCAGUCUUAAAAAGUGCCUCUUAUCGUUACCGCGCCUCCCCUGAGAGUUUAUUAACUAAAAAAAUGUAGUUACUUUUUAUUCAGCAAUUUACUUCAAAAAAUUUACAUCUUGAGCAAUUUAAAAUAAAUGACUGCAACCAACUUGGUUCAUACAUAUUGUAUUUUGAUAUCCCUAGGGGUGUAAGUUAGUUAGUUUUCAGUUGUUUAGUAAAUUAAAUAUUACUUCUUAGAACAAGAUUCAGGUCAUAAAAAACCAAAACCAGGGUUUGUUGGUUCUGUAUUGCAUCUAUUUUACCCACUUAAGUUACAAUUUAAUAAAUUUUUUUUCUAGUUAAUUUACAUUACAAUGAUCCAACGAAACAUUCGGCGGCUUUUCGCCUAACUGAUUUUUUCUAACGGAUUUUAGUUGUCGUCUGAGCCAAGGCUAUAAUAAUUAUAAAACUGUUCGUUUCUUCAUCUAUCAAAUAAGUGCUUAGGUAUCCGGAUCUUAAGCCCUUUUCUUAUGAAUAAACAAUACUUCCGACAACCUUAUAUCUUAACAACUUUAAGAAACGAGUUCUUUUUUAGAUUACUAAAACCGGUGACAAAAUUAGAGUAUUCAGAUCAUUCCAGUUCACAGCUAAGUUUGAGAUCCUAUUUAGUCGUGUUAUCAACCAUCUGGAUCUUUGGUUAUUGAACGAAGUUUGGUGCCGACUACCAGAUAACUCUGGAGUAUUCUAGUUAAUCUUCAAUUUCUUCUCUUCUCUUCUCUCUCACUUUUGUGAAACUUUAAGUGAAGUUGAUUUUGAAUUUAUCACGUCCAGUCAUGGUCGCUUAAAAAAUUUUACGAAGGAUCAAAAGGUUCGAAUUUCAUUUACCCUAAACACUAAUUCAUUUGAUCGGGUUCAAAGAAAUAACUGCCAUAAACUGGACACUUGAACAAAAAAACAAAUACUUUUAAGUAUCGCAAUCAUACCAAAUAAAACCCUCAAACUGACUAUUAUCAAUUAUCAAACGUUUAUAUUCAAGUUUGAAACGAAGAUCUAUCGAAUGCAUCUAAAAUCUGCGCCUUCAAAAUCUGCUGAUUUUCAAAAUCUGCCGACGAAGAAUUUCAUCUUUGACAAUCACAAUUGAAAAAAAUGUCCUAUCCAGCGGUUCAAAAUCAAUUUUAUGAAUCGAAAACCUUCUCACGCUAGUCUUAUUUGAUCAUAACUUUGAAAAGAAGGAACAAUCUUUUGCCGACAGACCGAGCCUUUCUAUUCGCCUUAACAGCAAAGAACUGGAGUGAAUGUUCGGGAUGAUUUCGGAAGUGUUAGCUCGUAUAGCCAGUGUGAGUGUGGGCGGUGAUGGAGGGGGAGGGGGUUUGGACAGCGACUGUGCGGACAGACUCAACUUCAAAUACUCAUGUCUUCUUCUCAUGAGUCUAGGAGCACUUGUCACCACCAGACAGUUCGUAGGCGAGUCUAUUGUGUGUUGGUCGCCGAACAACUUCAACCAGCAGUGGAUCAAGUACAGCGAUGCAUUCUGCUGGGUGUCGAACACCUUCAAUGCCCCCCUCGACACCCACCACGCCCCCCACCUGGACAAGUAUGAGGCAGUGGAGCUGCACUACUACCAAUGGGUGCCACUCAUCUUAUUCCUCAUGGCGCUAACUUUCCUGUUUCCUCACCUCCUGUGGAGAACAGUCUAUCUGUAUGCUGGUCUGGACUUGGAACAGAUAGCACUGCAUGCGACCAGUUUCCACAUCCAGAUAGACGAACUAGCAUGGCACACUUUGAUCACUCGUCUGGCCAGACACAUCGACAGAUAUUUAGAGCUGCAGAAGUGUGUGGGGGAGGGGGAGGGUGGUUGUUGGGAGAGAGUGCGGGCAGUGCUGACUGGUCGGUGCUGUGUGUUGUCUGUGAGUAGACACUUUGGCAACUUCCUCUCCUUCAUCUACCCUGCAGUCAAGACACUCUAUCUACUAAAUGUAGUCGGUCAGAUGUACCUACUCUCACUAUGGCUAGGCGAGGAGUACAGAUGGUACGGGAUAGACGUGUUGUUCAGCAUGGGAUUGGAGGGCAAGCGUCUGUCUGACGUCACCAGUCUCUUCCCCAGAGUCACGUGGUGCAAGGUGCAGGAGAGGGGAAAAGAGAGCAUACUAGUGCACAACAUGAACUGUGUUCUUCCGAUUAAUCUCUUCAACGAGAUGGUAUUCCUCGUGGUGUGGUUCUGGCUGGCAUUUGUGUUCGGGGUGACCAGUUUGAGUCUGGCCAGAUGGUUCCUCAACUGCAGCUACAUGGGCGACGAGUAUGUCCGCAAACACCUCAAGUUCAGCAACAAACUGCAGACGGCCGAAGACAAGAAACUCCUUCGACGCUUCCUCCACGGCUACCUCAAACAGGACGGGGUCUUCAUCAUCCGCAUGCUCAGUCGGAACACCUCCUCCAUUUUCGUCUCUGACCUCCUGUCCGAAAUGUUUGAACUCCACCGAGUGAAAAGUACCGAACAGAGGCGACAACAAAGACUGCAUAGAGCCACACAACAAACCACGAAUCCUCCGAUACCUUCUCACGAGCCAACUCCAUCACACCUCCUUCAGAUCCAGGAGCCGCCUGUUCACAGUACCCUGGAGAGUUACCAAAGCGACGAGAACCUCCUACUCAAAGUAUCGGAACCUCCGAGCUCAAACAAUACAAAUAGUCAACCAGCUCCUAUUUUGCCUCCCAGAAGUGUUGCAGGUUCGACCAUUUCCAAUCAAGGCACUUGUGGUGAUAUUCGUCCUAUGCCACCCCCCUUAUACCAGAGGUUCGCUACAAACUUAGAAGUGGUUUCAACGCGCAGCUGUGAUACCAUUUGUGAUAAGAAAAAGUGAAAUUCAAUAAACAUUUUCCUUGCCUUGUUUUAGCACAAGUAAUAAUAACGCUUUGCAACAAUAUUUGUUCAGAGUUUAAACUGUUGAUGCCAAUUUGAUAAUAAAUCAUGUUAUGUUAAAUCAUCAAUUUGAAAUUUAAACUUUUUUUAGGAUCAA